GUGAACAGCUGGAUUUGGCGGGCGUUGUGAAGGAGUCGACAUGAACCGAAGUUAGAAAAAUCAAGAUCGGCAGAUCCAGCCACAUGAUACUGAUUGGUGAAGAACUUGAGUAUUGGGUCUGCUGUUUCAACCUUGAUGACAUUCUAUGAAAACAGCGUUAAGUGUAUAAAGGUGGUGCGACUCGUUGUUUCUGAGGCUGGAGACUGAUGAAGUGUUGGAUCUGGAUGUUAGAAAUUGGUAGUUCUUGUCUCCUUUGGAUUCAGGACACUGACGAGGGAUCACGCUUUAAAAACGAGGUAAUCUAAUUUGAAAUAUGCUCUCGUUUGAUACCUGUUCGUUAUGGAAGAGGAAAAUAUAUUGACAUCACAUCCUAGCUAGUUGUGUAUUUGCUGCCAUGAUGGGGGAGGUGAAGUUACCAACAUUUGAGCCGUCAUACGACGCUCGGGACUUCGGACUCGACAUAACUGUUCCCGAUGGUGGCCUUGUGUCGUCUGCUGCCAAUCAGAAACAGUAUAAGACUGAAUGUGGAAGGAUAUACAAAGAAUUCAUUGUAACUAUGGGCGACUAUUUCCAAGAGGAAGAGGUAAUUAAACAGCAGCUAAAAAAGUUGCAGAGUCAGAAGACGACUGGAAGUCGUAUUGGGCAAGAUGCUGAGAAGGAGGACCUCCUGGAAGACACACUGAGUGCCAUCUUUACCCACCGGGGGUCGAGAAAAGGUGGUUUCGUGACCAGAAGUAACAGGCCUCAGACAGCAGGAAUGUGCGCCAAAAGGCAACCAGUCAUUGUACCCCACCCUCCCAACAGGCCGUCCACUGUUGCAGACUACCCCAAAGAAGUCAACAUCAAGAGACGGUUAUCCCACCCACGCCGACGUUCCUCCGUCCACCACUCGGUGGCGUCUGACCCUUACGACGGGGUCAUGGACCAGAAUACCCAGCAUACACGAGAGCGGAAGCUUAGAAUGCAUGCAAUUGCAUUCUCUAAACUUCUCGCUGGAGAGGUGAACAUCAAACUGCAACACAAAGAGGGGAAGUUUGUGCUGAAGCAUGCUGCGAUGGGUAGCACCCCUGUUGUUUCAGGAGCGAACAGAGAAGCCAGGCGGUCUAUGGAUUACAAAGAAAGACAAGCGCUCGUGAGACAGAAGACGAACUUCAAGUCCCCGACACUUGCUUCUGAUCUGAAGAUCAAUAACUUGGUUGCAAUCCAAAAGUCGCUGCUGGGCCUUCCUUCCAAACGUAUAACAGUUGGUGAAAUCAUGGGUAAAGCGGCAGACAGACGAGCGAGACUGUGCAAGGUAGAAGUGACGAGUGCACAGGAUAGAAACGGUGGCAUAUAUGGUGCCGCUGGAAGGUCUGCUCUGGACGCGGAUCUAGCAGACGACAAAGAUGAUGUACCUGAGCAUGAUGGCGUCAGGCUCGUCAAAGUGGAAGCAAGAAAGAGGCGGAAUUCCUCUGCAUGUACCAUGUCCCAGGAUGGUCAAGACAUGAGAAAGUAUAAGGAAUCGUUUUUAAGCACGAUAAACAGGAACAGGAGUUAUGACGCUACGCCGAGGAACAUGUACAUUGACAAGAACCGACAGAGUUGUGACGCUACGCCGAGGAACAUGUACAUUGACACCAGUGCCAAAGACGAUGAUAACUUGGUAUCUGACCAAUCAGAGAACGAGACCCCACGCGUCGUGACGGCACGUGACGCCGCGCAGCUGGUGAGGCUCUCUAAGGAGGAGGACAAAGAACGCGAACGCCAACUCUUGAGGUGGAGGCAGAGAAUCACGUUUGCUGCCGUUAAAAGAAAUGGUCUCGCGAGAGUCUUGUCAGGGACGGGCGCAUGCGUAACGUUAGGCUGACGGCAUCAUUGAAAGAGUGCGGUGUGCCAGUGUUGAAGGAAUGGUUUCGUCCUGCAAUUGGCUUGCACUGAAAGAACACUAUACAAGGAGUAAUUCAAUCAAAUAGUGACUACUGAUAAGUACAUGCAUAUAUGAUACCAACCUGUGGUUUUAGAUGUAUCAGGGAUGUGUCGUGUCAAGUAUGACCCAGAUAUCGCCAAUUUUGUUGCACAAAGUUUAUUUUGUUGCUUCUUUAAAGAUUUCACGUUUUAUGUAAUAAAACAUAAUGUUUCACGAGA